AUGGAACAGGUUUUGUUUCUGAUUACCAUUUUUCUGGCUUUGUAUUCCGGGAGAUGCAGCGAUGUUUACAGCAGGAACGAUUUCCCGGAGGGAUUCGUAUUCGGAUCCGCUUUGUCUGCUUUUCAGUGGGAAGGAGCUGUUGAUGAAGACGGAAAGAUGCCUAGCAUCUGGGAUACAUUUGUUCACUCUAAUGCUGGACCCACCAGAGAUAUAGCCUGUGAUGGGUAUCAUAGAUAUAAGGAGGAUGUAAGGCUCAUGUAUGACAUGGGUUUAGAUGCAUUCCGACUCUCCAUCUCGUGGUCGCGGCUUGUACCAAGUGGAAGAGGUCCUGUGAAUCCAAAGGGCUUACGGUUCUACAAAAACCUCAUAAAUGAGUUCAGAAGACAUGGAAUUGAGCCACAUGUUACAUUGUAUCACAAUGAUCUCCCUCAGGCUCUUGAAGAUGAAUAUGGAGGAUGGAUUGACCGCAAAAUCAUUGAUGACUUCACGGCUUUUGCAGACGUUUGCUUCAGAGAGUUUGGGAAGGAAGUGAAAUUCUGGUCAACAAUUAAUGAGCCCAAUAUGCUAGCAAUGGGAGGUUAUGACUGGGGAUUUGUACCUCCUGUCCACUGUUCACCUCCUUUUGGGAUGGUCAACUGCUCCAGAGGAAACUCUUCGACUGAGCCAUAUAUUGCACUCCAUAACAUGUUGCUUGCACACGCAUCCACCAUGAGAUUGUAUAAACAAAAGUAUAAGGAUAAGCAGAAUGGAUCUCUAGGUAUUACCUGUUUUGCAUACUGGAUGGUUCCUCUUACUAGUUCUGAAGAGAACAAGAUCGCUACUCAGAGAGCCAAAGAUUUCUAUUUAGGCUGGGUUCUGCACCCACUAGUUUUUGGGGACUAUCCUGAUGUGAUGAAGAGAAUCGUUGGAAAGAGAUUGCCAAGUUUUUCGAAAGAAGAAUCAGAUCUCGUUAAAGACUCAUUCGACUUCUUGGGAGUCAUACACUACACAACAAUGUACAUCGCACACUUAUCCCAUUCCCACCACGAGGAUUAUGUUUCAGACAUGAGUGUUUUAAUGAGCCCCUUUGGGAAUUCUACAUUGGUCAAGUUUGAUGUACUUCCUUGGGGUCUUGAAGGAGUGUUGGAAUACAUAAAGCACAACUAUGGCAAUCCACCGGUCUACAUUCUUGAAAACGGUCGACCUACCAACCACCAUUCAUCGCUAAACGACAUGGGAAGAGUUGAAUACCUUCAUGCUUAUAUCGCUGCCGUGCUCAAAUCAGUGAGGAAUGGGUCAGAGACAAGAGGCUACUUCCAGUGGUCGUUCAUGGAUUUGUACGAGUUUGUCAAUUACAAUUACACAUACGGAUUAUACCAUGUGGAUUUCAGUGACCCGGAACGUCAAAGAUCUCCGAAAACCUCUGCUUUUUGGUACUCUGCUUUUCUCAAAGGGUCCAAUGUUAGUUUACAAGAGCCGAAGAACCUCCCUCUAUCUUUCUCUCCUGGUUUUGCUUCUCAGUAAAAUAGAAAAAUUUGACCCGGUUUGGUUUCCCUUCCGGGUUGGUUUUCUUAUUCAACGAGAGGGGGGUUACGAAGGUGCUUAAAUAAAGAAUAAAUAAAGGAAGAGGAGGUUACGCACCUUGAUAAUAGUUUAUUGUUGUUGAUCAUGUUUGUAAACUAUAUCACUUCACAAUGGCCACAAUGAUAUAUAUGCAGUUGAGUUCUACACAAUCAA